AGUGAGACGCAAGCAGCGGUGCGAAGCGUUGGACGUGCUUUCGAAACACUACCAGGGCGGCGUCUUGCGGCAUUCUUCGGGAGUGACAGAUACCUGUGGAUUGACAGUCGCGCAACUUGGCGGUCGGUGACUUCGCAGUUACUGAGUCAGCGAGCACAGAGGCGCCGAGGACACAGAAAUUAUCGAGGGAGAGUCACUGACAACGAACGAAGAUGUCUACUGGUGUGCUGUUUAAGAGCUGCUGCUGCGGCUGCACGCUAAAGACGGGCACCAUCCUCAUAGCCCUCUGGUACCAGGCCGCCAGCGUGGUCCAGCUGGCGACGAUGGCGUACCGCUGGCAGACGGGCGACUACAUGGGAGGCUCCAACGACCAGACGCUCCAGCGCGUCUUCGACCCAGAAGAGGCCAACCUGCUUCGCCGCCCGUACCUCAACUCACUGGAGAUCAUGUAUACAUAUCCGCUGCUGAUCAUCAGCCUUAUGAUGAAUGUGUUUGAGGUCGUAAGUUGUGCAAUGCUUCUCUAUGGAGCCAUGAAGGAACGUUACGGAUUUGUUUUGCCAUGGAUGAUCAUAGAGACCCUGAUCGUCGCUUCAAGCUCUGUAGUCAUGGUGCAGGUCUCCUCAGCUUUCCUAUCUGACAAAGAAUUCUAUGCAGCUGGUAUUGUUGGCCUUUUAUUCUGCUGUGCAUUUGUGGUCGUCAAUGGAUAUCUCAUUCUGGUGGUGUACAGCUUCUACAGGAGCCUCCGAAUGCAGCUCAGCUCCAAGCAACUGCUCAUAAAUGAGGAGGCACCCGAGGAGAAGGAGAAGGAAAAGGAGCAGGAGCAGGAGAAAGAAAAGCCCAAAACAGGUCUGGACGCUGUCGUCUUCACCAGGCCAGUGCUUCACCUUGGCGGCAAGGACAACUACUCCUCACUCAGUGAGGCCUAGAUUUUGCAACAAGAUGGAUGUCCCAGCUUGUUUGUUCUGUUACUUCCAAACUUAAUAAUUUGCUGGGAAUAAAAUAACAGAUAAUUUUAUGUACAUUGAAGUCGCUUGUUAACUGCAGGAGGGGAAAAAAAUACUGAAAUUAAGAUCACUACAAGCUACUUCAAAUGGAACCUAAGAAAUUACAGUGGUGUCUGCAUUGUUUUUAGGGAAUUAUCUGACUGCAUUGGUGGCAUGUUUACCUGGAGAUCAUUGCUGUUUAAACCUGUUUGUUGUUUAGAAGAUAUAUGUCAAUUCACCGUAUGCUUUAUCACUGUAACAUUGCUGUCAUGGUACUAAAAUUUAACAAUACCAGGAUCAGGAAAUACCCAUUGACUUCCAAAAAUCAGUUAAAAAAAGAGACUUUGUGAGUAACAUAUAGGUGUGUAUGAGUUUGCUAAACAUUCCAUUUCAGUGCAAGACCUGUCUCACUGGAAAUAAUUAUUAAUUCCUACACACCAAUUUUGUGAGUAAAAGUGACUUAUGUUUUUUUUUUUUUUUCACUGACUUGGUAAGAGUUCUUAGACAAUGUGGUUUUGACCAGCCCAAUAAAGUGACUCCUGUAUGUCACCGGGUUUUAAAAUUACUUACACAUCAACAUUCACUCCGCAGUCUUAGGCAUAAAAUAGUGUACAGGAUUGCUGGGGGCUAGAAAUGUGUUGGCUGUUGAUUUUUACAUGAGUCAGUCGUUCUUACUGAAUUAUAUUACUAAAAUCCUGGGAGAUACUGCCAUGUGGAAAAUAGUGGAGAGUACUAUUUUGGAAAAUUUAAUCCUUGAAAUUUUCACAGCAGAAUGUUUCACUGUGUAUUGGGAAUUAUCAGUAGGUGUGUAAAACAAUAUUAUUUAAGUAUGACUUACCCUUAUUGCUUUGACAAUGGGCACUUUCUCCACUGAGAAAAAGUUUGAGCUGACCAACUCAUUUGGGAGUGGUCUCCAGAUAACAAACUAAUUUUUUCUCAUACAUCUGCUAUGUUUUCUAUUUUUGUAAGUGUUUUGUGAACUAUUGCACCCAGUAAUAAAUAUGAAGAUAAUGUAGUGAACAUUCUCACAAGAAAUUCCAGUAUUUAAAUAUAGUUUGUUACAUUAGUCUCUACUAAAGUAUUUCAUUAAUAUUUCAUAACUCUGAUAAACCAAAGUCUGGUUGAUAGUAUUACCGUAGAGCUUUGCACAGCUUGUACUACAGCUUUUAGUUUUUUUUCUUUUUUUUGUGGGGCAAUCUUUACUGAAGAAUGUUGGUGCACUUGCAAUUAUUUUAAUUUUUAGAAAUCUGACUCAACUUAAUAAGUACAUGUAUUACAUACAUAAUAUAUGCAAAGAAUAAAUGCCAAGUAUUUUUGUAAUAUUGUAUUGUUACAAGCUUACAUUUUCUUCACCAAUUGUAUGUAAUUUGUUGUGAUGUAUCUCUCUUAAUUAAAUACAUUAUUUUUUUGUUCUACA